AUGGCCAAACUCUGCCAGCUGGUGAUGGAGGAUAUUCCAAACAAAUCAACCAGAGCAAGUCUGCUCGAUGACGCUGCUCCACCCAUCCUCGAUUUGAGCCUCAUCGACUUUCAGCCUUGCAUCUCUCAGCCUCGCAUCAAACAUCAAGACCUAGAGGAGGGCAUGGAGCUCAAAGAAAAACGCUCAGUCAUCAGCCGCGAGCUGAAAGCCCUCGAGCCCGGAUCUCUCUACAUCACAAUCUCCGUCCCUCCUCGAUCCGGCGCCCAGCAGCAGCAGUUUUCCGAUUUCCACUACCUGCCCUACCUCCCUCACGAUCUGGACUUGGCGUCUUACGAAGUCUCGUGCGCCGAGGGUAUCGAUAGAGAGGAAUUCGACUGGGGCGUCUACCUGCACCGCGGCCAUGGCAACGGCACCUGGUACGGACUCCGCCGGCUAAGCAGCUCGAUCGACGCAAGCAUGGCGACGGGGACCGCAGGCAUGGGUGCUGCUGCUGCUUUUGCUUCUGCUGCUAUUGGCAAUAAUUCUACGGGCGGUGGCGCCAAGACGACGGCGGCAGCAUCUCGCAGCGUGCCCUUUUACACGCUCUCCAGACAAGACAUGUGCCAGUCGCCGCGUCUGCAGGCCCGCGUGGCCGGCCUCGUCAGGGUCCUGCGAGUCCCGGGGCUCUUGGUCGCCGGCUUGACGUCGUACCUGGACUGGCUGGCGGUUCAGACGGCAUCCAGCGCAACGAGGUCCUUCAUCUGGGCGUCGUCCAUGUAUCUCCGCGCGCGGCGUCACCUCUCGGCCGACGACGCUCAGAAUCACGGCACCGAUGCGACGGGCUUCUUGUUUGAUACAAAGGGGUUCCUGCAGGAGGCCCUGCACCUGGCGUACAAGGAGGUCUGGUACGGACUUGCAGGCCAGCUACCACGGCCUGUCAUGGCCUCUGCGUUUGGAGUCGAGCUGGUGGCAGUCGCGCCACCCACAGAAGCCCUUGCGGAGACAGCCGUGGACGCACUUGUACGCGACAAUGCCAGCAACAAUGAGGAUGCCGGCGCCGGCGCCAGAUCAGCUGCCGAAGACUACCACUACUACUACUGCUGCUACCACCAGUGGGGGUCUCGAUAUCAGCGCUCAGCCUCGGACGCAGGGUCUUCGGACGACGACAGCAGCACCCUGGUGGGCGAGGAAAACAUGGGGUUGGCAGAUGCCGCAGAUACUAGCAUCUCGAUCGGCUACUAA